AUGUCUGAAAUUGAAGAAGCUAAAGUUGCCCGUGCUGUUAGUCUUGAAGACGGUUCUGACAAGGUAGUUCCUAAAGAUUUGGAAGACUAUGUCGACGCUCAAACCACUGACGAAACUGAUACCUCCUCUAUUUCAUACGUGAACCAAAUAAAGUCUCGUUUCCCCCAUUACAAGUUGGCCAUUCAUAUCUUUUGGGGAUGUUUUUUCACUGCUUGGUGGAUUUCCAUCAUCGCUCAGGAUAAGCACAGACCUAAAUGGUUAAUUCCAACCAUUUUCUGGGGGAUGAUGAUGGUUAGACUUAUCACUUUUCAUUCACGUAUUUUAUAUAUUUUGCUUGGUUAUGUCAAAUAUGUUUGGGACUAUUUCUGUGACAUCAUUUACACAAAGCUUUUCCCUUCAAGACCAAUUCGUUUACUUGUUGGUGGUAUUAUCACCCUUGCAGUAAUUUUAGUUGGUACUUUUGUCCCUUCAGAAACCGAAUAUUCAAAGAGAGCAGAUAGAGCUGUCUCCUUUUUCGGAGUUGUUGUCACCAUUGCCGGUCUUUACAUUACAUCCAACAAUAGAUCAAAAAUUCAAUGGAGAACUGUCAUUGCUGGUUUAUUGAUGCAAUUUAUUAUUGCCUUGUUCGUCCUUAGAACCAAGUGUGGUUAUGACGUCUUUAACUUUAUUUCCACUCUUGCUAGAGAAUUACUUGGUUUUGCUAAGGAUGGUGUUGCCUUCCUUACAAAUGCUGAAGUUUCUGCAUACGGGAUGUUUUUCUUUGCUGUCUUACCAGCUGUUGCCUUCUUUGUGGCUUUCAUUCAUAUCUUAUACUACUUCGGUAUCAUGCAAUGGUGUAUCCGUAAGUUUGCAUACUUUUUCUUCUGGGCUUUGAAGGUUACUGGUGCUGAAGCUGUCACUGCUGCUGGUUCUCCUUUCCUUGGUAUUGGUGAAUCUUCUGUUUUGGUUAAGGAUUUUAUGCCAUUCUUAACUAAGGCUGAAAUCCAUCAAGUCAUGUGUUCUGGUUUCUCAACCAUUUCUGGUUCUGUUUUAGUUGGUUACAUCGGUUUAGGUUUAAACCCACAAGCCAUGGUUUCAUCUUGUGUUAUGUCUAUUCCUGCUUCAUUGGCCAUUUCCAAAUUAAGAUACCCAGAAACUGAAAUUGCUGUCACUUCUUCAAGAUGUGAAGUUACUGAUAACAUUGAAAAUGAAGAAAACAAACCGGUUAAUGUUCUUCAAGCAUUUGCCAAUGGUGCCGGUCUUGGUUUAAGAAUCGCUGGUUUUAUGAUGAUUCAAUGUAUGUGUAUCAUUGCCCUUGUUGCCUUAAUCAAUGGUGUUUUGACUUGGUUCGGUAAAUUUUGGAACAUUCAUCAUUUAACCUUGGAACUUAUGCUUUCUUAUAUUCUUUACCCAGUUUCAUUCUUACUUGGUACUCCAAGAAGUGAAAUUUUACUCGUUUCUAAAUUAAUUGCCACCAAGAUUAUUCAAAAUGAAUACAACGCUUACUCCAUCAUGCUUAAUGAUGCUCCAUAUAAUGAAAUGUCAAAGAGAGCGACCAUUAUUGCCACUUAUGCUUUGUGUGGUUUCUCCAACUUGGGUUCCAUGGGUAUUCAAAUUGGUGUCUUGGGUACUUUAGCUCCAAAGAAGGUUAAAGAUAUUGCAUCUGUCAUUGUUUCAUCCUUAAUUUCUGGAUUGUUGGCUACUUUGUUGUCAACUGCAAUUGCUGCUAUGGUCAUGCAUGACUUGGGUGGAUUUGUUGUUUAA